ACGUUGUCACGGAAAGAAAAAAACAUCGAACCAUCAUCACGCCAGAUCCUCCAACAUCCUUGUACCCUCUCUCGCUACGUCUCGCACCUCACGCAACCCUCAGCCCACCGCUCUGACCAUUCACAACCAAAAUACCUUCCCGCAAAAGGCCCAACAGCUUCCCAUUCCCCCCACCCCGCUCCGCCUAGCCAAUACUUACUCACGCAAGUGUUCGAUUCUGUCAGGCCAUUUCACCGUGUGCGCUUGCAGUUCCUGCGUGAUCCUGCUAUACUAUCUGGCUGACGGUCUCCUCAUCUUGAAAUCCGUUUCUUGCUUUCCCCUCAAAAGAACCCCUAUCCGUUCAGGAUGGAGCAACAACAAGCACUCGAUUACAAUUCCUGCGCGCAGUUUCUGGCCAGACUGGACGCUGACGCACAACCCGAACCUCACCACAACAGCUUGACCUCAUCGGACUCUCCCGUGGGUGAUUCUUCAGGUAUCUCGCCUUUCAACUCGGCUUCUCCUCCCGGCCUUUCUUCGGGCUCAGUGACAUCACAUUCUCCCGAGUCCCUUCGGUUCGAGUGGGACCCUACCGAUACCUCUGCGUUUUUCGAAAACAUCAGUGGCGCUGCCGGCAUUCUUCCAGACGGUGGUACCUGGGAUCCGUUGAUACUUCCUGAGCAAGUUGGCGUUUCCCCCAUGAGCGACUACAUCAAGGUCGAGAACGAGCAGUCCCCAGUCGGUUAUUUUGGAGAAUCCGGGGAUCCUCAGGGAACGAUUUCUCCUGGCAGGUCUUUGCUUGAUCCAACUGCACAGACUGCAUUCGAGGGAGGCCCUUAUUCCUUCCCGAAGGACGGUGACGCACUGUUCAACUUCGCUGCAUACAACAACCAACCUCCUUCCAGGCAAGACUCGGGCGACUUUUCUCCCAUGAUGUGGAGGACUCAGACACAGCAACGAGAUGACUUCCAGUCUCAGACUCCGGAAUGGCAGCAACAAAUUCCGCAACCACAACAGCAGCAACCGCAGCAGAUGCGGCCACACCAACUCCCUCCAACCCCCCAGCACCAACAACAGCAACAACAGCAACAACAACAGCAACAACAACAGACCUCUCAACGACAGUCCCCCCUCCAUCAGAGUGUUUCACCCCCUCACUCUGCCAGCAGUCCCGACUCUCGGGAUGGAUCCGUUAGCGAUGAUGGUGCCCCUAUCGCACCUCGGACCAAGAAGCGAAAAACGAGUUCCGAGGAGGGCACCGAAGGCCAGCAGUCGGCUACGGGAACUAGUGGUGGCCGUAGACAACCGAAGAAGACGGCUCAUAACAUGAUCGAGAAACGGUAUCGGACAAACUUGAACGACAAGAUUGCCGCCCUUCGGGAUUCCGUCCCAUCCCUCCGAGUGAUGGCCGGAACCGCCCGGCUCGGAGAAGACGACGAAGAAGAGGACCUGGAAGGGCUGGCCCCGGCUCACAAGCUCAACAAAGCCACUGUCCUUGCCAAGGCCACCGAAUAUAUCCGCCAUCUGGAGAAGAGGAAUAAGCGGCUGCUGGAGGAGAACGAUCAGUUGAAGAACAGGUUGAAUGCCUUCGAGAAGCUGGCAACGAUGGGUGGGAUGGGUCUGCAGCAUCAGCCCGGGCAGCAUCCGGGUCGAGGUGGACAGGCUGGUGGGCCUGGUGGUGGGUUGAUGAGUCGGUUGAUGGUGGGUAGUUUGGCGGGUCUGAUGGUUGCCGGCGGGUUGCGGUCGCAUGAGGGUAGCUCGCAUCAUCAGUUGGCUGCUUUCCCCCUCCCCAUCCAGUGGUUGGGUGUUGGCGCUCCUGCUGCCGAUACACAUAUCAUGUGGUUGAUAGCCAAGCUGCUCCUCCUCUUCACUGCGAUCCUUUACGUUGUCGUCCCCGGAUACUUUGACGCCAAAGAGGCCCCCGAGAAUGCCAAAGCCGUACGCAAUCCGAAUGUUUCAGCCGCCCCUUCGCUCGCCUCGCCCCUUAAGGAUCGUUCCCAUGCAUGGCUUACCGCUAUCCAGACCGUUUGGGUUCCUCGUCACUCCGUUACACUCGAGCUCGCCGCACUCGGCUUGAAGGCAACCAAGUUGAGUCUUCGAAGGAUGAUUGGAUGGGAGAGGUAUCGCAUGAUCACUGGUAUGACUGAUGAGGACGAAGCCGCACGCAUCAAGUCGUGGACCAUUGCUCUUGAUGCCCAGCUUGCUGGUGGCGACCUUUCCGUCAACCAUUCACGUCUCUUGCUUACCCUCCUGGCCUCGUGGACCCUUCCCGCCACCCCGGCUCGUCUGAUGCUGAACUCUUUGCACAUUCGGGUUCUCUUCUUUGAUCUUGGAAGCCACCUCCAACUCUUUGCCGAAAAGUUCUCCAACUUUUACUGGACCGAGGCUCGGAAAGCACACGACAAGGCUGUCGCCGAGAACGAUCCUUCCACCGAGCAACUUCCCGAGAACCUAUUCCAGCUUUUGCAACUCGAUCCCUCGGAUGUCUUUGACCCACUGAUCGUGGAGAAGGCAUACGACCUUGCGCACAACAACAUCCCCCAGACCACCUCGGACGAAGGCAUGGACAGUGUUGUCAAGGACGCCGCCAUUGGCUCGCCUUUGGAUGCCCUUGCCGCCUGGCACUCGAGUCUCCUUCUCCAAGGCGUCUUGGUUGCCAGCCUGAAGACCAACCCCUCGGCUUCCCUCGUCAGACGCAUCCAGACCGAUCUGGAUACCGCCCUCCGCAUCACUCCCCUCUCCAGCGCCGUGCAACUACGUGCCCUCACUGCCAAGGCGGUUCUCGUCGACGAAGGCGGUGAGAAGUACCUUUGCGAGGCCAUCAAGAUUUUCGAGGAGGAUAUGAAUUCUCGUGAACGGGAGCUCAACCAGAAGCCUGGCUCGUCUCAAGUCGCCGUCACGCCCAUCAACACCGCAAUUACCACCACCACCGAUAUCCGUGUGUCGCUUCGUUGCGGAAUGGCCUUGGCACUUAUGAGGAAGGGCGCUCGUGACCAGGCCACCCGUCUAUUCAGCGAUCUCGACUGGCAGCGCCAGGCCGACAAGAAUGGUCUCGGUUUCCUCGGCUUCGUCGCUGCUUGGAAGACUCUGACUACUUUCGUGCGUUGGGAUGAGGACUGGGCGACGGACGCCGGGGAGAGUGUCGACCGUGCCGCCGCAAUGCUGCGAAUCUGGGUUAGCGAUAAGAGGAUUCAGAAGCUCGAUGUUUCGCGGGGCGAUUGCAAGCGUGUCGUCGACUUUUGCAGCAAGUUGCAGAAGAAGCUGGCCGGACUCGAGGAGACGGAUGGUGAUGAUGGAUAUGUGAGCGGGGAGUUGGAGUCGGUGACACCGACACAGUCAAAUCCGGAAGGCGAGCUCGUAUAAGGUCUCCUCUCGUUCUUGUUCCGUUUUCCUUCCGUUUCUUUGCCUCUUUUCUUUUUUAUACCUCCUUUCAUUUUUUAUACCAAAAAUCGUCUUCUGGGUUUCUUCGAUUUCU